UGUUCAUGGGUUUCUGCGUAGAGACUACACGAGGCAUUUCCUCUUGAAAAAGUUAUCGUUUCCGUUGCCGGAGCAAAAUCAAAGCGAGAGAUUUCUCUGAAAUCCGAAUUGGAGCAAUUCUCCGAAGGAUCGAUGCAAGAUAUUUUCCGACGCAUCUUCGACUGAAUCUUCUUUGGUUUGUCUUCAAAUCUUCUGUGUAAUGGAGAUGGCAAGUCUUCCUGAUGGUAACAUCGCCGAUUUACUGGACAGACGACCCAUCAACUAUAGCUAUGAUGUUAAUCAGAGGCUCCAAAUGCACUCGUCUUUGAUAAGAAGGCUCUCUCUUGAAAAAGAAUUGGAGGGUCAUCAGGGUUGUGUUAAUGCUGUGGCAUGGAACUCACGUGGAUCACUCUUGAUAUCUGGAUCAGAUGAUACGCGAGUUAACAUUUGGAGUUAUUCAACCCAGAAGCUUUUACAUAGUAUUGACACCGGGCACUCUGCCAACAUAUUUUGUACAAAAUUUGUUCCUGAAACCUCUGAUGAGCUUGUUGUGUCAGGAGCAGGAGAUGCUGAAGUUCGCAUAUUCAAUUUAUCACACUUAAGUGGUGGAAGAACUGAGGAGAAUGCUAUCACACCAUCGGCACUGUUUCGAUGUCAUACAAGGAGAGUCAAAAAGUUAGCUGUUGAAAUUGGAAAUCCUAAUGUAGUAUGGAGUGCGAGUGAGGAUGGAACUUUGAGGCAACAUGACUUACGGGAGAGUGCUUCAUGCCCUCCAGUUGGGUCUUCACGCCAAGAAUGCUGCAAUGUUCUUCUUGACUUGCGGUGGGGAGCGAAGAAGUCACUGGCUGAUCCUCCAAAACAUUGUCUGUUUUUAAAAUCAUGUGAUAUCAGUUCCACUAGACCUCAUCUUCUCCUCGUUGGUGGAAGUGAUUCUUUUGCUCGUUUGUAUGAUAGAAGAAUGCUUCCACCAUUGAGCUCCUGUCAAAAAAAGAUGAAACCACCUCCUUGUGUCAAUUAUUUCUGUCCAAUGCAUCUUUCUGACCAUGGGCGUUCAAAUUUGCACUUAACUCAUGUUGCUUUUAGUCCUAAUGGGGAAGAGGUUCUUCUCAGUUAUAGUGGAGAACAUGUUUACCUAAUGGAUAUGAACCUUGGCGGUGAUAGCGUUGUGAAAUAUACUGCGGAAGAUGUUCUAAACCAGACAUCUUUUACUCCUAUGCUCAUUGCCGCAGAAAGGACACAAGUAGCAACCCAACGGUUGCCAUAUGGUUCUUCCAUGAAAAGUCAUAUUUCUUCUAGGGUUAAUAAAUGCAAAGAACUGGUUCAAGCUGCUGAAAGAUGCUUGAAUGAAGGGAUGGAUUUUUUUUAUGGAAUUGAAGCAUGCAGUGAAGUAUUGGAUGGAAAAGGUCUUGAAAUUGUACCUGAGCUGAAGCAUGAAUGCCUGUGUACUCGUGCUGCUUUGCUCCUUAAGAGGAAGUGGAAAAAUGAUGUUCAUAUGGCUAUAAGAGAUUGCAACAAAGCUCGAAGCAUUGAUCCUUCAUCCUUCAGGGCACACUACUACAUGUCCGACGCUCUACUGCAGUUAGGAAAACAUAAAGAAGCUCUAGACUAUGCUGUUGCUGCACAGCGUUUAGCUCCAUCAAAUUCUGAGGUGGCAGAGAAGGUGGAGAGUAUAAAGGCGCAGCUUGCUGCUGCUGAAGCUGAUAAAAGUAACAAGGAAAAUGCUGGAGCGUCUAAGUCCGAAACUCGAUCUGGAAGAGUUCGAUCUGGUGUCGUACUUCACCGCUCAGAAGUGAACAGUGAUGCAUCACAGGAUGGUCCCAGAUCUGAAAGGGAAGAUUCUGAUUAUGAUGAAGAGAUGGAGUUGGACUUUGAAACGUCAAUAUCUGGUGAUGAAGCGCAUGAUGUUGAAUCAAACAUUCUUCGUGGAAGUUUAAAUCUGAGGAUUCACCGAAGUGAUUUGGCUAGAGAAAAUUCUUGUGCAAAUGGCUCAUGUGGGUCCCCCACGUCAUCUUCUCAGAACGAUAAUAUUCCUUAUCAGCCUGAAGCAGUGAUUGAUUUGAAGCAAAGAUAUGUUGGCCAUUGCAAUGUUGGAACUGAUAUAAAACAAGCCAGUUUUCUUGGCGAAAGAGGUGAAUAUGUUGCUAGUGGAAGCGAUGAUGGAAGAUGGUUUAUUUGGGAGAAGAGAACUGGAAGACUGAUAAAAAUGCUCCUUGGUGAUGAAGCUGUGGUCAACUGUGUACAGUGCCAUCCUUCCGACUGUACCAUUGCAACCAGUGGGAUUGAUAACACAAUCAAAAUUUGGACACCAAGAGCUGGGAUGCCAUCCAUGGUAGCUGGAGGAGCAGCGGGACCAGAGACAGCAAAUGUAUUGAGUGUCAUGGAAAACAAUCAACAUAAAUUAUGUCGCAGUCGUGAAGCCAUCCUGCCCUUUGAACUUCUUCAGCGGUUUAGUGUGCAUGAGUUUGCUGAAGGAAGCUUUCAUCCAUUUGAGUGUGCUCAGAGCUAAUCACUUUCAUGUUAAUUUGACAGUUACAGGUUAAACUUCAUGAACUUCAAUGAUGGAAUCAUCCGUUGUCCUUCAAAGCAUUAAAAAGGAUGCCAGCACAUUUAAAGGGUGGGAAGGUGGUAGAAAUGAGCAAACAAUGCCUGCAACAGACGAAGUUCUAUGUAUCUCAAAAGUAUAAUUGUGUCAUAAGAGUCUCAUGCCAACUGUACAUUUUUUUUAUUAUGGUAUACAUCAAUAAGAAAGGCUAUGUAUAGUUCCGGUUGGGUCUCCCGGUCUUUUAUUUCAACCAUCAAGCAUUUCCUGCAUAUUAAUGUUUUUUUCCAAAAUUGUGUUUUACUAAAAUCAUGGUCUCUAUGCAGCCUAUGUUCCAUUUGUACAGUUA